UAUUGCUGCUGUUAGUAAUACGGUAGCUACAGUAAGAACAGUCUGAGUGGAGAGUUUUAUAAUGGACUCUGAAGGUGUUCAGAUGUUGGUCUGUGAUGCUAACUUCUGGAAGAUCAGUUUUGAGACAAUCCUGUCAACAAAGACCGCUUUAUCUCCAGGUCCCAUGUGUUCUGUAUGGAGGGUUAAGAGCUGCUGCCCACAGUGCAUGGCUGUUUUGCUGUGACUGGAGGUGUAGCAUCUGAAAUAACCACGGCUUAGUCCACUGAAGGGCAGGACAAGGCACUUGAGAGAACAGUUGAAACAAUGAAAGUCCAUGGGAAGAGUGGAUUCUGAAGAUACUGUGCUUGCAGAGGUGAACAGGUGAGCAGCCACAGCACUUAUAAAGCUGGAGGCUUUGUGUUGCAUCCAUCUUACUUUCUGUGUGCAGCAGAUAGUAGCUGCUGGUGUGGAGCACUUGGGUCUCCUAGAGGAAUGCAUAGAAGAGAUACUUGGUUUGUUUGUUUUUUGAAUGUAGAUGCUGCAGGUCUGUUGAGACUUAGCAAGGUCUUGUACACAAUCUGGAAGGUUGUGGCUGACAUGUACAUCAUGUGCCUGGCUUUCCUGGGAAGGGGAAGGCAAUGCCUUUCUUUGUGCUGUGCUGUCGCCCUUCCCUGGCCAACCUCAAACCUUGGUUUUGUGUAGAUUCACCUUUAACUAUUUUUUUUCCUCAGUCUGGUUUUCUUUCUGACUUGACGAGACCUGUUACUGGUGUGUGGAUGGCAGCUCUGGGAGCCAAAUGGGACUCAUGCUGGCACACUAUUGAGUGGUUACCUUACCACUCUCCUUGUCUGUCUGCAGAAAUGGAGGGAAGGUGCUUAGGACAGAGCCUUGCUGUCCCUCAGCCUGACCUUGCUUGGAGAGUGACCGUGCUGGAUGGCUGCAUCCAGCUGUUUGGGCUGGCACCAAGUCAGUGGCACCUUGUGGUCAGUUGCCUUGAGGCUGCAAAGGAAACACAGAGUCUGAGGUAUUGCUGUUUUGCAUUUGUGCUGUGGGCAGCAGCUCUUGAUGAAGGACACAGAAGAAUGUUUUAUUCUGUCCUUGGAACUUGCAGGAAGCUGAUACAGACCUGCUUACAUGGAAACCACCUUGUGCUGUGACUGCCAGAGCUUCUCACUGAUGUCCUUGUAGCUUGCAGUCCCUGAAAACACCGUGGCAUCCUUCAUGUGAGAGAUGCUGAGCCCUAGCUACCUUCUGGUACAUCCUGCUACUCUCAGAUUUUCCUGCAAUGUAGGGUAAUCUCCUUUUCCUACCCUUAAGCAAAGUGCAGUCCUGCUGUCCCUGAGCUUGUUUUAGUUGUUGACAAAUACUAAGUUUUAUGGCUUCUCCUUCUGUGGAUGUUUGCAGGACAAAAGUAACUUGAGAUUUUUGGAGUGUUUAGAGGUACUAAGGCUCUGAUGCCUGCUUGGUUCCUGUGCUUGAGGAUGGCAGGUAGACCUAGUACCCCAGAAAUGUGGAGCCUGUUCCAUUUGUCUCUAGCUGGAGCAGAGAGAGUUGGGCCCUCUGUGUGGAGUGGGGGGUGGAAGUCAUACUGGGUUUUUAAUCUGCCAUGUGAAAGUGAUUCUAAUUUGAAUUGCUGCUUUGUGUUGAAGUGUCUGAGUGAUCUGCAAAUAUGUUACUGCAUGGGUGUUAUGGGAUAACUUUAGGCAGAGGAGAUGAGCAUUUUGGUAUCAGGGGAAAACCAGAAGCUUCUGCUCUGACUUGUUCUCCACAGUUAUGUUUUCCCUGUAGCCGUGGGAGAGGUCUAACGAGUCUUGAGUCCCAUGCCCUAACAAGAUGGGGUAACAAGCCUGUAUCCUGUUGUGUGGCCUCUUGCCAGUGUUCUCCAGAAGAGAACAUUGGGGCUGGUGAACUGCCAGCUCUUAUCGGUGCAUAUCUUUCUCUCUGGAUUCUUGAAAAAGAAGUAUAAUAUUUCAGAAUGGUGUAAAUCAACUGGUCACUAAAACGGUAACAGGUGCCUGGGGAUAACUCAUGUGCAUAACACUUCUAGCUUUUCUCCUUUUCUGAAAGCACUUCCCCUGCAUGGUAGAGACAGAACUUCAAGCAAGGAAAUAUCAAAGGAAUCCCUUACAAAAAGAAGCUUUCAGCUUGUCUCUCCAGGAUUGUGUGUUGCUGAAGCAGUCUAUAACUGUGCACUCCCUAAAGAGCUUUGUCUUAAUGGAGCUGACUGUCCAUACUACUUCAGGCUUUUUCUUCUUCUUGAACAUUAAAGUUUUUCUUGCUGCUGACAGCAACUUGAUCACUCUCCCAGAGAUCAAGUUGACUUUUUUCCCCUUCCUCAGUCAAAAUUUUCAGAAGGGAAAUACCUCUUCUUGCUGUUUUCUGUGUUCCUGGUCUCUGAUGGCUGCUUUGUGUUGGAGCAGCUGGGCUCUUCUGCAACAAACUGAGAUGUCUCCCUGACUGGUACCUCCUUUUUAAUUUCCACCGCAUGUAAACAUUUUGAAUGGGGAGGGUGGGGAAUCCUCCCUUGCUGGCCUUUGUCUCCAACUUGACUCUCCAGCUGCCACCAGACAUGUCUUCCACUGCAGGGCUGAGCAGAGGAUAUGUGAAGGGAUACAUGAUGGAUGGUAUUUAGUGUCUUGGCUCACCCAAGGGUGCAUGAGUGUUCUCCACUCCCUGGCAGAAGAAUCCCUGGCAUGUGAGAAUGAAGGUGGUUCCCAGGCAAGAGAUUUUGAAAAGGACACACCUUGCUCCUUUGCUUCCCCUCUUUCAGGAGGGGUUAGGAAAUGGGUUUGUGUUCCCACUCCCUAACAAAACCAUCUGAGCAGUGAAAAUUGCCUCCUGGGCCGUGUCAGCAGCGGAACAGCAGAGGGUACUGCAGGGCCAGCUGGCUUGGCAGAGCAGCUGGGAAGGGCUGUGCACACCAGCCCGGCGUAGGAACCGAGGCAGCGCAGCCUUGCCUGGAGCUUGUUGUGCCCGUGGCUGAAGAGCUGCAGAGCCACAUGCUGAGCCUGACAGAUACUGAUGUAUGCUAAUGUCAAGUGAGGAAAAUAUGCUUUGCUUCCUAAAACCAUGCAUCCUGCUAUGUUGACACGGCAUGCUGCAUCUCAGAAAGCAGAGCAGUUUGUUGAAUGUCAAGAGUUACGGCUUUCUGUCUGGGAAUUUACUGCGGCAUGCCGAGCAUCAGUGCCAUCUGAGAAGAUGAUGUUCCUUCUGUGAUUCCUUCACCACUUGCCUUCGGCCCUGGGCUGGCCCAGAGGAAGCUGGCUGACCUGCCUUUGUGUAUCCUGUAAGAACUGGAGCGAAACCAGCAUUACCUGGCACUCAUUGGGAUUGUUAUAUUGGAGCAGGUCAGCUGUUCAUCUUGCCCUGGUUUCAGUGUCUGAGAGAGCAGCCUCAUGUCUGGAAGUAAUGCCUUGGAGAAGUCACAGGACACCUGACUGGAGAAAGCUGUACUCAAUUACCAGUGAGGGACACUUUCUACUGACCCCCAGUCACUCAGCUAAUUUAGCAGGGGUUUGGCUUCCUUGUGCUCUUCUCUUCCCUACACUUAAAGACAGACUAAAAACUAGUGAUGUGCAAGGAAAAGACACUGAAUAUUCCUCUCUUUUACAAGUGAUCUUGCUGCUUCUGCAAGACAUCAGCAGAGCCUCAAGGAAAAAAAAAAUGAGCAUGGAUAGAAAGAGAUGCUCAUGGCAUUUUCUGCAGCCCUUUGUUUUGCCCUCGUGAAGAAAGCUUGACAGCAAGCCCCAAGAUGAUCUUUUAUGGCUUUUAACAGAAGAAUAUCCCAGCCCCUUAGUGUCUGGGCCACUACAAAGGUGAUGUCCAGAGCCAGCACCCUGCCCUGCUGCUGACUUGUGUUGUGGCAAAGUAUAUCAAAACCCCUACUAAACAUUAACCAAUAGAAUCAAGCUCUCUUUCCUUUUUCCUUGUUUAUUUUUCUUUCAAUUUUUCCCCUCCCAUAACCAUGCUGUAACUUUUCCACCAGCUUCAGGCUUGUACUCCUUCAGUCAGAGCUUAAUCCAGGACUCCUUGCCCUGCCACCUGAGCACUGGGGACAAUGUCAGUGGAUAGUGAUUUCCACUAAAAAUGUGACUGCCAAGUGUCCAGAAAUGCUGUUGCUGAGCUGUAAGGUACAACUGUGGACAGCCCCUCUACCAAAGUCCUUGCCAGAGUCAUCUGUGGAAAGCCAGAUACAUUUUCCUUUGAGCAGUUGCCAUCUGUCUAAAUGCUUUAUGGCUUUUCACUUUAGUAUUAAAUUCUCCUCAAGUUAAUCAGUAAACACACUUUGCUGUAUUUUACCUAAUAGCCUUUGAAGUGGCGGGAGCUGGUUGGGUUCUUCUUCCACACCUGCCCACGUGUGGGGCUGGUGGUGUGGAGCAGCUUCCCCAUGACCCCCAGGUGCAGGGACUGCCUCCAGUGAAGGUGUUGCUGGCACCACUGUGUGCCAGGUGGAACCUUUAUAAAUGAUGGUGCCUCUCAGGAACUUUGGCCCUGGAAGGGAGACUGCGCCAGGAAGAGAGCCACCAGAAUGGAGCAUGUGGAGGGGGUGAAAUGGAUGAAGAUGAGACGCCAUAAACUCUUUCUGACUCUCUGCAUGGCUGGUCUCUGCCUCAUCUCCUUCUUGCACUUCCUCAAGGCCCUUUCCUAUGUCACCUUCCCCAGGGAGCUGGCUUCGCUUAGUCCCAACCUCGUCUCCAGCUUCUUCUGGAACAAUGCCCCCGUCACACCUCAGGUCAGCCCUGAGCCAGGGGGUGCGGAGUUCCUCCGCACACCCCUGUACUCCCACUCCCCCUUGCUCCAGCCCCUGUCUCCCAGCAGAGCCAGCGAAGAGCUGCACAAGGUUGAGUUCGUGCUGCCAGAAGACUCAACAGAAUACUUUGUCCGUACCAAAGCCGGUGGCAUUUGCUUUAAACCAGGCACCAAGGUGUUGGAGAAGCCACCCGUGGGAGGUCGGCAGGAGGAGCGAGUGGACGGCGCAGCCUCGGGGCGGCCGGCUCGGAAGCCGCUGAGCUCCAGCGGAGCCAAGCGGCGCAAGUGGGUGGAAUGCGUGUGUCUGCCGGGCUGGCACGGCCCCAGCUGUGGGGUCCCCACCGUGGUCCAGUACUCCAACCUGCCCACCAAGGACCGCCUCGUGCCGCGGGAGAUCCCCCGGCGGGUGAUCAAUGCCAUCAACGUCAAUCAUGAGUUUGACCUGCUGGAUGUCCGUUUCCAUGAGCUGGGAGACGUGGUGGAUGCUUUCGUGGUGUGCGAGUCCAACUUCACAGCCUACGGAGAGCCGCGGCCACUCAAGUUCCGCGAGAUGCUCCUCAAUGGCUCCUUCGACUACAUCCGCCACAAGGUGCUCUACGUUUUCCUGGACCACUUCCCCCCUGGUGGCCGCCAGGAUGGCUGGAUUGCAGACGAUUACCUGCGUACCUUCCUCACCCGGGAUGGCAUAUCUCGCCUCCGCAACCUGCGCCCGGACGACGUCUUCAUCAUCGAUGAUGCUGAUGAGAUCCCGGCCCGUGAUGGCGUGCUCUUCCUCAAGCUCUACGACGGCUGGACGGAGCCCUUUGCCUUUCACAUGCGCAAGUCGCUCUAUGGCUUCUUCUGGAAGCAACCAGGCACCUUGGAGGUGGUCUCGGGCUGCACCAUGGGGAUGCUCCAGGCUGUCUAUGCUACCGACGGGAUACGUUUGCGACGCCGUGAGUACUACACCAUGCCUGGGUUCCGGCAGUAUGAGAACAGCACAGGACACAUCCUGGUGCAGUGGUCACUGGGCAGCCCACUACACUUUGCUGGCUGGCACUGCUCCUGGUGUUUCACCCCAGAGGGGAUUUACUUCAAACUGGUGUCAGCCCAGAACGGGGACUUUCCCCGCUGGGGUGACUACGAGGAUAAACGAGACCUCAAUUAUAUCCGGGAGCUGAUCCGGACUGGUGGCUGGUUCGAUGGUACUAUGCAGGAGUAUCCCCCUGCUGACCCCAAGGAGCAGAUGUAUGCUCCCAAGUACCUGCUCAAGAACUACCAGCGGUUCCGCUACUUGUUGGAGAAUCCCUACCGAAAGGCAGAGGGUGCUGGGUGAGGCCACGAGGCUCAGGCUCGGGUGGGAAAUUGGAACUUCACAACAAAGGGAAAGAGUCGGGUGUUUUCGUUUGUUCCUUUUCUUCUUUUGUUUCCUUUGUUUAUGGGCAGGGUGUGCUGUUUUUCUGGGGCCUCUGCCCUCCCUCACUUCCUGUUCUCCUUUCCUUCAUCCCAGGGUAAUGCCUGGGAACCCAAAUUCCUCAGUCACAUGAAGGGAGGCCUGGACAGGAGGAAGAGAGAUGUUGAGGACCCACUCUGUAGUAGCAUAAAGACUUCCUUGCAUCUUCUGAGCCUCUCCUGCUGGCUGGAGAGAAUCUCUGCAGCCAGCUGGCAGAUUUUCCUCUGGGGGAGGCUGAGAGGGUCCCAUGGGGAGGGAGGGCAGCUGUUCCCAUCCACCCUCAUCCUUUGUGGAUUGGAGCAAGCAUAGAUGCAAGCCUGGGUUAUUCAGUGAGCAUGUGAGUCAGCAGGCACAAACUCUUGUGAGUGGUUGUGUGUGCAGAUGUGUGUCACUGGCAUUUUUUGGAUGAGUGAAUGUACAAAAGCAUCUCAGUAUGCUUUUUUUUUUUUUUUUUUUUUAAUACUGCUAUAUUCAAAGGGUAUUUUGGGGAAGGGAAAUCCUUUGCUUCCAAGGUGUCCUUGUCAAUAUGCAGCCCGUUGCACAGGCUUAAUGCAUUCUGUCCUGGGCUGCCCCAGUACUCUACCAAUCCUGGAGCAGAUAGAUAGGAAGCAGAGGAGAAAGCUGGGUUUGAGGGGUUUUUCCUGCUUAUUUUUCCUCCUGCCCCCACAACACUGCAUGGACUUGUCCUACAGAAGCCAAAGCUUCCCUGCAGUACAUGCUUCUGUUAGGGCUGGGAUAAGCUGUGGGGGACUCAGUCAGAUGGUGGGAGUGUAUGUUUGCAAAUGCAUGGUUGCCUGUGUGCAUGAGUGCUCACAUGCAUGGGUUUGGUGUGCACUUGGGUGUUUAUUACCAGUAUUGAGUGGGGGAGUAGGACACAGUGGGGCUUGGCUGUGUGUGCUUGCAGAAAAUGGUGGGAUGCAGAAGCUGUGGUCUCAGUGUUGGCAUGGAUGACUUCUUGGGCAAUUCAUAGGAGAGGACCAGGGAUAGCAUCGGCUCUGCAUAGCAGUGCUACACUUGUUGGGACUGUUGGAAGCCUCUCUGGCUGCUUCUAGAGCCCUGCAGGCUGUGCCUGUAGCAGGACUGCUGCUUACAUGCGCUGGCUACUUCUUACCAUGGGGUAAUAAAAGGGAGAAGAGGAAGGGCAAAAUUCUGAUUGUUGUGGGCAAACAAAGCCUGUCAAUGCACGGGAUCCAUCUGUCUGACCUUAGGGUGUAAGGGGGCUCACGAAGAAGCAAGCCAUUGGCAGAUUCUUCCUGGGGCCAAGAGACUGUUUGGGGACCACAGUUGUGCAGCCUGGGCCAUGCAGACAAGACCAUGGAGGGGAGAAGGGAUUUAGGAGUCUGCUAAUUUCAGCUGAUUGGGCUGGUGCCUGCUCAGGCACGAGCAGUGAGGAUCUGGCCUGCUGUUGUAUUGGAUUGUUCAGCUCACGGAGGAGGCAGAUUGUUGUCUCCACCCUUGCCACCACCCUUCCUUAGCAGAUGGCUUGACAGGGUGCCCAGAGCCUGGGUUGUAGUGGGCAGAGGGUGAAAAUCAUAAUGAACUUGCUCUCUUAGCCUUGCAGUGGAAAGACUGACUCAUGUUCCAAGCAGAAAUCAUGGAAGAGGAUAAAGAGGAAGGCGUUGGCACAAAGAAGUGUGGCUCUUCUGGCCAGCUGUUAUAAAGCAGGAGGGUUUUCAUUGCCCUUAACGCCAUCAGGGUUCCAUGGUCCUGCGUUGCCCAGCACGUGCCACCCUUGUGCUUCAUUCCUAUCUAUACCUCUCUCUUUUUUUCCUUCCUAGUCCCCUCUCUAGAGAGGAGAAAAUUGUUAACAAAAAUAACUUGCUUGCCUAAUAAGGCAGAGACUGGAAUAAAAAGAUUAAUGUCUUUUUCUGAUCAAAUGGAGAUGCACUUCACCUUAGCUCCUUCCACAUGUUGUGUGCCAUAAUGCCUGCUCAGAAGAACUGAAGGGAGCCUCUUUUUUGUUACUAUUUUUGAUUUCUUUAAAAUCACUGUUCUUAGUUCUGUUGUGUCCUCCCCACAGGCAGAGAAGCCCCUUUGGGAGCUGGGUGGACAGACAAACUUUGCUAGGCAGAAUGCUCUUCCCCCAGAGGGAAGUUGUGGCUUUUUUAAGUCCAGACUUAUAGAUGUAGCAGAAGGAACUCCCUUCACAGUCAUGGGCUUCUGGUGCUGAGCUGCUGUGUGGAGGUCUUGGGUGUAGAGAGGUGAUAGAGAAACUGGGUCCCAGCUGAGAAAGGAGGAGCCUGUACUGAGCAAGAUGAAAGCCAUAGCACUGAGGAUGCAGCACAGGCAGAAGAUGCUUUCCCCAGGGACAGCUGGAGGAGAGCAGCUGUGUUAGCUCGUGCAAUUCAGCAGCAGCACAGCAUGGAAGGAAGAAGCCAUUUCUCAUUUUUACUCUGAGGAAUGAGCCUGAGGUCUGCUCUUGCACCUUUGGGCUUUGCUUGUCUCAGUGAUAAUAACACAAGGUCAGUGCCAGGCUUUGCUGGGGGAGGAGAAAGACAAGCCACUCUUUUGCUUUGGCAGCACCAGAGCCCCAGUUCAGCAGGAGCUGAAGUUUAUGUGUACUGGGGUUGCACCUCCUUAUCUUCCAUAGUGGGAGCAGCCUUUCCUCUGAUAUCAGCCCUUCCCAUGCAUGGCCAUCCUUGGAUUUGUAGUGCACAGCAGUCAUGUUUUCAGUGUUGAGGUGUGACCCUUGUCCCUUGGGAGUUUGACAGAGCCACAGCUGCAGUAUCCUUCUCCCAUUCCACUACAACCUGUUGCCUUCUGUCCUCCAUUAUUUGCUCCACCAUUCUUUUCUUCCUCCAAUUUGUCUCUCCCUUCUGCUCCCUUGGGCUGGAGAAGAAGGUGUUGCUGGAAAAGGAAUGCUGGGGCUCUUCUGCAGAACUCCUGCCCUGCCUGCCUCCUGGACUUACUCACUUCCUAAUUCUUAGGAAAUUAAAUUGAAACCAGACUUCUGUUGUAGUGGGAGGAAGGGGCUUUACAGAUGAAAUGGAUUCUUUAUUGUUUCUCUUUUUCAAGAAUUGUUUAAGCAUUUUUUGAUUUAAGGCCAAACCAGUCAAUGUUUGUCUAAUUCGUCUGGCUAGCCCUGUGUUUAUUAUCCUUAGGGAGCUAGAGUGCUUGUCAUUAAAGAUCUUCCUUCUUGUCCCUGGAGGGAACAGACACUACUAAGCUGGCUUUCACACAGUGAAUUUCCAAGGUGGUGGUUUACCCUCUGCUCAGCCUUGCCUGUGCUGCCUGCUGGGACCUCUGCAGCCAGCUGCAGGUGGGACAGCCACCCUUCCAGGCAGCUGCCACAAGAGGGAAGUCAAAAGUAUGUUCGUGUGUGAGGUGGUGAGAGAGGCAAAGCAGGAGGCAGGUUUGUGUCAGAUCCUUGUUUCCCAGUGCUGGAUUUUGAGGUGAGCACUGAAGCUCCUUCAUCUUACCUGAACCAGGUUCUGAGAUUUGAGAAGGGAAAGACCAAGAACCUUGUCCUGGAACUGGGAUCAGACUAUCAGAGCCUGAUGUCUGUGAGAUGUUGCAGCCCAUGGGGGCAGUGGGUAGCGAAUCCUGCUGUUUCUCUAGGACCAAACUGUCCAGGACGGAGGGAAUACAUCACUAGCCUUUUCCUGCAGCCUUCUUCAGCCUUGUGCUUUUUCAUUCCCAAAACGUUUUUUACCUUCAAAUUGUUAAAAAGUGGGGCCAGGAAACAAGUGAUGCAGUGUGUGGCACACCCAAGCCUUGCACUUCUUUCUGCCUGUCUUUGUGCGUCCCACCUAGAAAGAGACUGUGUGCCUGUGCAUGGCUUUGGACUGGAGAAUGCUUCUUCCUCUUUUUGAAAGGAAGGACAUGGGCUUUGGUGCACCUGCAGCAGGUGAGCUUGCUAAAGCUGAGGGAAUAGGGCAAGUUAGAAGUAUUUGCCUAUCUGGGGCUAAUGCCACAGCCAAGUGACAGAAAAGACACGGUGACUUUGUGCCUGUGGUUGGUAUGGAGGAUGACAUGCUCAAGCCCACUCUUGCUGUUGCUUUCUCUGAUCCCUGUGUCCUGCUGAGGUGUUGUGGUUGUGCUGCCCAGGCCACCCUACUCUGUGUCUCUGACAGGUGAAGAAGGAAACGGAGUUGGUGUGGAGGGAGAGUGUCAGAGCAGAAUGGGUGCUCAGAACCUCUGCCUGCCUUGCUGUUUCCUUGUGGGAUGGUGUCUCUUCCUCUCCUCAGAGUCCCUGGGGCUAUGUCCCUGUGUCCCAGCUCCUGCCGGUAAUCUCUGUGGCUGCUAUGCCUCUGCACUGUGAAGACGCGUGUCCAGGGUCACUCCUGGUUCAGUUAGUGAACACUGGUGGUGAAGAGGGAAGGGACGGCUCGUCCUGGCUUCACUGGCCUCUAACCUUGGCAAGAAAGGAGGGAAGUGAGUGGGAGAAUGGCUCCUGUAUCCCUCCAUCAUUGUGUUCUCCCUACCCUUCCUGAUCCCCUCCUUACUGAUUUUUGAGACAUUGGACAAACUCACUCCUGUUAUGGAAAGGGAAGGGAAGCUGGAGGGUAAGGGGGUGGCAGGAGGGGCUCAGAUCCAGCAUUGAGAAAGAAGAACUGUUUCUAAUGCAAUACACUGACAUUUUAAAGCUUUGGGCACUACAGGUAAUGGAUUAAGAAGGGAUCUGAAAUACUCCUAAGAAUUCAAACCACUGUUUUUACCUGCUUGUGCGGAUGAUGAUGCAGUAUCAUCCUGGAGGUGGUCCAGCAGCACUUCUGAGCCUGGGGUCCACCUGGACCUACUGCUAGUGUUGCUCCUGGAGGGGCUCCAGGACACCCUGCUUUGGAAAAAGAAUGCGUGGACUUGCCAAAAACUAAAAAGAAAAGAAAAAAUAAGAGCAUCUGCAAAGCUCCUUUCAACUCUGUAAUUUAUAAACAGCAAGUAAUAAUGAACUUUUUGUAAGGAUAAAUCAAAUGUACAUUCUGAAAUCAUUUUCUCUGUAAAUGGUUGGAUUUCAUUUCACCCUUAAAGGGAUGCUUAAAAGGAGGAGAUAAUAAUAAAAAAUUUAAAAAAUUUACAAAGUAUGAAAGGAAA